AUGGAUGAUGAUGUUGUCAUUGAUGCCAACCUCAUGAAAAAGUUUGAAAUAUGUGCGAAUUUUAAGAGUGAAGGAUAUAUAACAAGCAUAGAUUUACUAAAUAAUAUAAUAGGCACUACAAAUACAAAGAAUAUAAUAAAAAUAUAUGAUAUAUGUGAAAGGAAAGAAAAGUUAACUUAUAGUAUUAAAGAUUUAGUUGUAAACGAUAUAAAAUUAUUAAAGAAAGAUUUAAAAGAAAAUAAUGAGUUAUCUAUAAAUUAUGAAAUAGAAGAAUGUUUAUUUACAGCAUAUGAAAAUAAAAAGAAAAAUAAAAUAUAUCAUUAUGAUAUAAUAAAUAAAAAAGUAUUACAUAUAUAUGAGUUAUCUGAUGAAAUAAUAGAUAAUAGUUUUGUGUUACAUCCAAAUACUCAUAUAUUUAUUGUUGCAUUAAAAAAUAAAGAAUUAAUUGUAUAUAAUAUUAAAAAUAAAUCUAUAAUAUAUAAGACAAAUGUUCAAAAUAAUAAUUGUAUAGUAUGUUAUAAUAAGUCAGGUAUAUUAUAUGGUUAUACAGGUAAUGUAAAUACAAUUUAUUUAUGUAGUUGUUUUGGAGAUGAUUAUAAUGAUGAUUAUUUUGCUAGCUUUGAUAUAUCAAAUGUAACAGUAAAUGAUAAUUAUUGUAUACACAUGGAUUUUUCUCAUGAUGAAAAAAAAAUGCUUAUAACUACAAAAAAUAAUUCCAUAUAUACAUUGGAUGCAUAUACAGGACAUUUUUUACAUUCAUAUAAUUUUAUGUAUGAAAAAAAUUCUCCUCAUAUAUCUUCUUAUUUAUCUUAUCCAGUUUUUUCGUUCGACUCAAAUUUUGUAUUAUCGGGUGGACAAGAUGGCCAUCUGCAUAUAUGGGAUGCACAAGGAAAUCAUGUGAUCAAAAAUAAUAUAAAAAAUAAUAUUUUAUAUAUUAAGUGGGUUUAUAAUAGGCUAGCAUUUGUAACAACUAGCAACCAUCUAUUAAUUUGGAAGCCAUCCAAAAAUGUUUGA